GAGGCAUGCAGCAGGCAGCGUCUCCUCUCUCCACACUCCAUUGUUUUCCCUUUAAGUCACCGUAGCAGCAAGGAUCUGUGCCAGACCCAGAAAGACUUUGGUUCGUCGGGUGGAAACGCUCCAGUGUUCAGAUACACUUUCUUGUCUGUUUCUUGCUGUCAAGAUUUUAAAUCAAAAUUGACUGUAGAAAGCAGGAAGAGGUUCCAGCAUGGUCUGACAGGAGAGAGGACACCACCAUCUGAGUGGCUGUGGGUUCGCUUCUUUUUUUUUUUUGGAGAGCCAGGACUUCUGUGUGGCAUGGCAGGAAUUACUGGAUGCUUCAAAAGCAAGAAACUGUUCCCUUCAUACUCGUCCCUUCACCAGUGUUUAACGUCCCUCCACAUCUUGUUCUGCCAUCCUUUCCUCUGUCCCACGACCUUUGCACUCCUCCGCUCACCUCCAUUACGCUAGAUGAAGCGGAGGAUGUCACCAUGGAGAGCAAGCUUUGGAGGCAAUCAAAGUGGUGACAGCGUCGCCAUGGCAUCAGAUACAUCUGAGGUGAUGGUCAACCAUGACCCGACUGAGACUAAUGAAGAGUGCUCAGGCAAGAAGAAGUCCAAGUUCAAGAAUUUCAAAAAGUUCUUCGUCAGGAAGAAGAGAAAGGAGCCGGUGUCUCAUGGAGUGGAGUCGGAGCUAGUGGCCAGCAAGUCCAGCGACAAUGUCAGCAAAUCAUCAGGGAACGCGCUCAGUUGCUCUGACAAGGAGAAAGGGUCCAAGGUCAGCCUGGGUAGCAAGGCCUUGUCCCAUGAUUCUGUGUUUGUUUCGGACUCAUCGGAGGCCAAUGAAGCUCUUGGGGCGUCCCAGGACAGCAUUCACGGGAAGGUGAAGUCGCUGCAGCUCCACCUGAAGCAGGCCAUCAGACUGGGCACUCCUCCAUCCAUCAUGUGUGUGAAGCGGACGGAAGACACCGGAACGAUGUCGGAUGACGACGGCCUCCCCUGCAGCCCCCCUGAAUACACUGCCACUACUCAGGUGCAGAGGGACAGCUCGGCUAGUCUGGACAGUGAGGACGAACAGGUAAACAAGCACUCCUGCAGAGUGGAGAACGCCCUGGUGGUGAUUCCUGCAGACUUCAGUCAGCCAGCCAGUCCUUUCGCGUGCUUGGACAACUCCGCUGCCAAACACAAGCUGGGCCUAAGACAGAAGGCCUGCAACAAGAGGAAGCCUGCCAAUAGGCUAGAGGUUCAAGCUGAGUGCAACUCCACUCUGGUGAAGAACCACGUGGUUCCCUUUCCAAAAUCACUGGAUGAAGAGGAGACAGAGAAGACACCAGACACAUGUGAGGAUGAACCAAAUAUGGAGAAAAAGCAGUUAGAGGAACCGUCAUUGCCUGGAAACGAGGAGACAGAGCAUGAGUCAGAAAUCUCCCACUGUCCAGACACUUCUGGUCUUCCUGAAUCGGAUCCCUCUGGGGAAGCAGCAGACCACCAGCUUCUGUCCUCCCCCAGAGCCUCCACCCCGGACAGUCCCUGUGCUUCCACAGCGUCCCCUGCUGAUCAGAAAAUGGACUUGGACACUGCUGAAACAAGUGAGAGGGGAGAGGACAGAGUCCUGGGUGUGGGAGUGGAUGACCCAAAGACACUAGAGGAGAGCAGGGAGGAGAGAGCUGCGAGUGUGGGAGAAGAUGAUCACAGCGCACCAGAAGAGAGCACGUUUUUAGAGGAGGUGCUAACCUCCCUGAAAACACCUCACACAUUAGUGAUUGACAGUGUUGGACUGUUAAAUGGAUGUGAAGAGAAAGUGGAAACGGAGGACCUGGUCAAACAAAGGAAGAUGGAGGAUGAAACAGAUGGAAUGGCAGCUACAGCGAUGACUGCAGAUGAUGGAGGUGGGGAUGAGGAAUAUUCCGAGGACUUGGAAGAAGCUGAAGAAGAAGUGGAAGCAGAUGAAGAGGAGGUAAAUCCAGAGGCUGGAGAUGAGAGGGAAACAGAUGAGGAGGAAAAGAUGAUGAAAUGCAAGGGGGAAGUACCUGAUAGCCACCAGGACAUUCCCUCUGGCUCAUCAUUGUCCUGCGAGAGUUCAGAGGAAAAUAAGACGGCUAGCACAACAGUCUGUCACACGCUUGGUGAUGAGGAGGAGCUCAGUGAAGAUGAAGAUGUAGAGGACGAGGAGGAGGAGCCAGAGGUGGAACUCUUCAUGCCAUUUGGACAGAAAGAUAAAGACUGCACAGAGGAGCCUGAGGAACCUGGACUGUUCCAAACACAGUCAGACGUGGAGGAAGCUGGGUCCAACUACAGUGAUAAAGAGGACGUCAAGGUGGACGUGGAUUCCCCAGAGGAAGGAGUGAAGGAGGAGCAGGAUGACUCUGUGGUGGAGCAGGAGAUGACAACAUUUGGGUUAGAGAAGGUGGGCGUGGAUGAGGAACUGGAGGAUGAUGAAUGGGGCAGGAAGGACGAGGAGGAACAGUUGGAGGCAUGGGAGCGGCAAAUGUUGGAUGCAGGACGAGCGUCGUUGGACUUUGAAAGAGAUGAGGGGACAGCCGAGCAGAAUGAAAUGCUUGUGGAGCCUUUUUCUGACAAAGAGGAGACCUGUGUCGUGUUGGAACACCAGGAUGAUGGAGAUGAUUGUUUCAUAGAGAGCGAUGAGCCCUUCCCUACUCAGCAAGGUGCACAUGAGGAGGAGGAGGAGCCACCUGCGGAGCUGGACGAGCAGACCCAGCAGCUGAAGGCUGAGAUGGAGGCAACACAGCCCGAUCAAGAGGAGCAAAUGACUGUCAACAUGGAACUGCUGCAGGAGACAGAAAAAAUCCAGAGCAGUGUUCCUGAGCCUUCAGCCACGCCUGUUCCUGAAUCUCAGUCGGGAGACCUCAGUCCCAGCAUAGUAAGCGCUACAGUUAGCUUACAAUUGUUUUCCCCAAAUUCUGAAAAGUCAGCUGAACCUGAAGUUCCUGAGAGUAGUUCUGCUCUGGUUGAGGUAUCCCAGGAGCAAUGCUUCCGGACUUCAGAGGAGAAGUCACCCAUAAGUGAGGGGAUGAUAGAAGAAGAAUGGCAUGAAGGACAGUUGUGUUUAGAUGCCGUCAGCCCCAAUGGUCCAGGUCGGAGGAAGGUCCGCUUCACCAUUGCCACAGCUUGGCAGAGAUCUCUGUCCAGUGAAGGCAGUGGUGAGGCCUCAUUCUCACCUCCACCCUCAAACAUCACGUCGGAGCCUGCUGCCACCUCACUCCCAGACACAAUGGUAGGCACAAGGAGUGCACCGGUGGAACCUGAGUCAUCGGGCUCCGGAAGAGUGGAAAGUAUUGAGGGCACAUUUUCCAAAUCACAGGAUCUGAUUCAAGCUUCUAAAGACAGCUCUGUCAAGGUGGAAGGCACCGACAAUCCGUUCGGGGUUAAACUGAGGAAGACGUCUGUGCGUUCCCGUCUCAGCCAGGAGGAGGAGGUCCCAGCAGAGUCAAAUCUCUCCAAAGUGGAGUCUCCUCAGUCAGUGAGUGAUAAGUCACUGAUCCAGCCAAUCACAAAGAAGCCUGCGCUUCCCAAUAAGCCUGAUUUACACGGGGACAGUGUAGUGAAGACCAGGCGUAUCUCAGAACCUGCCUCAGUCUGCAGUGGAGCUUCAGAUGGACCCAGCUGGAUCUCUGUGGCCAAACAGAAGCAAAAACUCUACAAGGAUCAUUCUCUGAAUGAAAUUACCAUCAAAAAGGAGGAACAUGAUCGGAAGUCCUCACUGCCCAUCUUUAACGCCUCAGCUACAGCUGGGGAACACAGACAUCAGACUUCAGACAAAGUCAUCAGCAUGUUCUCAUCACUCGCUGAAAAGGAGGGUCGAUGGGUCAUGACCCCUCCAACUCCUGUGCCACCUGUAUCUUCUAAAUCCAUUCCAGCCCCUUCUGGCUCCAGGCCUCUGGUUUCUCCUGCUGCUCCUAAAGCACUUCCUCACCAGGAUGUGUCACCUGUGCUGUCCAAGCUCACCCACCCACUGUCUUUGAGCACAACACCCAACCUUCCUGCUUCCCGAGUGGCUCCUGGGCCGACGGUCACUAAAACGCCAGCGCUGACGUCACAGCGAGGCAUCCCACCGCCAGCUCUGCCCCAGAAUGAGCCGCCCUGGAUGGCACUGGCCAAGAAAAAAGCCAAAGCCUGGAGUGAGAUGCCUCAGAUAGUGCAGUGAGGUGAUCACGCCCUGUCUGAGGGCCAGGAUGGACUCGAUCACAAUUGUGCACGUUGAGGGAGAUAGAGGAAUUCUCUAAAACCUUUGAAGCGACGACCACUCUGACUGUUUCUGUGUUGGCUUUGAACCAACUUAGUGAGAUCAUUACUGUUUUUCACUACUUGUAGCUCUCCAACUGCAGGGAUGUCAUCAUUCAUUACACUACUUUUAUGCAAUGUAUCAAUGUGGUAAACUCCAAAGUUCAGAACCAGGACAAAACUACUUGUAAGUGUCUACACAGUUAGUCCUCCGGUUUAUAACAUGAUUUCAGUUUGACGUUUUAGUAUGUUUUGUUUGGCAAUGUGAGUUUUUGUUUAAACAUGCAGUAAAUAACAAAUCAUAUCUCUCUUUUAAUAUCUGACAGUUUUACCAGGUCAACUAAAAUAACUUGAAAGUUAUAGAUGUAAUGUUAUAUCUUCACAAUAAAUCCCUUUAA